AUGCGCAGCCUCGACAGGUCUCGGGCUUGGGCCUGGGUCACUCUGUUGGCACCUUUGCUAGCGCUGGCAGAUACUGAUGCAGCCCAGGGUUUAUCCAACGAACUUUAUACGUCGGCUUAUAUAACCUUGGAUUUGGCUGAGAGCAGCCCAGUACACUAUCUGGAUAUCCAACUUGGGGUUCUUCAAAAGAAAGAACCAUGCGCUCCUGCACAUGUACUUCUUAACCACAAGCCUUUGGAGAGCAGCAAUGGCAACUUCGCGUCCCUAAUCGAUGACAUACCCUUCACCGCAACAUGGAACAUAACCUGCGUCGAAGCCAAUGGGUUGCCUGCGGCGCAGCUCUUCUCCUUUGCAGUUGAGUCCGUUUCGGGCGUUGCAAGGGAGCAACCUCUGGGAUUUUCACUUCAGUUCAAACAAGAUUCCCCGGGGGAUAUAUUUGACCUCCAAGGCCCGGCCUCAAUGGAGGUCUCCCAAGAGACGUACCAAACAUCUUUGGACGAGGGAACCCCCGAGGACUUUAUGUCCAAGGUCGACGAGUUGCGAAGACUGCGACGCGAUGUGGCAGGGGAAGGCACAGACAUGAUCGUUGGCGUCAUCGUCACCGGCACAGGCCUCAUUGGAGACACCCUCACGGACACGAAGGUAACAGUUCGUCGCACGAUGGAUGGAGAUUUCCACCGCCGUGGGAGCGGCCUCAUCAUAGGCAUCGACCUCCGCACUGGCCGCCGCCGGGAUUUGCCCCUGAUGGUCAUCCGUUUCACCCUCACCAUCCAUCAGACAGGCCACACCGUCGACCUCACCCACCACCAGGACGACCGUCGGGAUACAAACGCGGGUCGUUCUCAACGUCGCUCGCGCCGCCGAGAGGCCAAUCGUCGGCGCCGAGCAAAGCGAAGAAAGGACAUGGGGCGCUUCCUGGCCCGUUUGUUUGGAAGGGGUACCGAUGACGAGGAUGACGAGGAGAAGGAAGCGAUGUUGGGGAGUCGGCAGUCAAGCCAAAGUCGCGCAUCAGAUUACUAUAGCGACUUUUCUGACCUUGAAGAUGGCCCGGCUGGAAUGAGCAUUGAGCUUUCCGACUUUACAGAGUCGCCAGCUGAAGCCGAGGUAUUGCCGCCAUAUAGAGCUGCUGUUGCUGCUGAUGACAUACUCUCAGAUGCAGCAACCUCUGACACGCUCGUGGAUAAGUCUGACAGGGACUCCCUGAAGAAGUUGGAGAUGACCACGACCAGCGGCUGCAAAGAUGCACCGAGCGGGAGCGGAAUGACGUGA